AUGUCGCGCGGCCUGAGCUUGUUUUCGCUCUUAUCCGGAAACAAGAAAGCUAGGAAUUACACUCCCGUCUACAGGUCCCCAGCCACCUUACCCCUCACCACCCAAGAAUCAUUAACGGCCCUCGACCGUUUUCUGCUAACCGCAGACAUAGUGGACGCAGAUGAUGUGCCAGAUCUACUAACAAAUCUACCAUCUCUACCCUUACGCAUAUCUACCCUAUGCGUCUCAUAUAUAUCAUCAAGCCUCCUCCUCCUCCUCCUCCUCCUCCUCAUCAUCUGUACAAUUAGUGCAAGCAAUCAACAAGUAAAUCAGAUUAAGCCAGGUUUCCAAGCAACUCAAAAAGAGUGGGAUAAUUACAAUGGAAUGUUCUUAGUCUCAAAAAACUCCACAUUUUCCUUUGGAUUUUAUACUAGUGUAGAUGCACCAUUUUUUAUCCUAGUAGUAAUGCAUAUAUUUAGCUCCACAAAUAUAUGGACCGCGAAUAGAGGUGUUUUAGUUGAUAAUACAGCUAAAUUUGUACUUGACAAAAAUGGAAAUGCUUAUUUACAUAACACAACUUCUAUUGUUUGGUCUUCUAAUACAACUGGCCGAGGAGUCAAAGUAAUGGAGUUGAUGGAUAAUGGAAAUUUAGUCUUGCUUAGCGAAAAUCAAACUAUCCUUUGGCAAAGUUUCGAUUACCCUACUGAUACACUUGUAUUAGGCCAAUCUUUUUCCGAAAAUAUGAGACUUAAAAGUUUUCCUUAUGAACUAAACCUGCAUUAUCAUCUUAUGUUUAAGUCUGGUGAUUUGAUUCUGUUUGCGGGUUAUAGAACCCCGCAAGUUUACUGGAUGAUGUCAAAUGAUACACGAAAAGCUGUUAUAAAACCCGGUGGGAAGGUCUCUUCUGCAACACUGAUGGGCAACUCUUGGAAUUUUUAUGAUCAGAGGGGUGGUUUAGUCUGGCAGUUCAACAUUUCAGAGCAGUCUGAUCCGAAUGCAUUAUGGGCCGCGGUGUUAGGCUCAACUGGUACAAUAGAGUUUUUCAAUCUUCUGAAGGCAAAAUCAGAAAUAGCAGAGUCAUUUAAGAUUCCUUCAGGUUCAUGUACUACACCAUCUUCUUGUUCGCCUUUUAAGUCAUGUUUCAUGGAGAAUUUAUGUCAGUGUUCUGUAAUGCUCUCAUCUUUUAACGAUUGCAAACCUCGAAUUCCUGCCCUUUGUGAUAAUGCUACAGAUAGUUUAUCAGUUCGGCUGUUGGAUGUAGGAACACGGUUUGAUUAUGUUGCACUUGAGUUUACAAAACCACAGAUGAAAUCUAGCAUUAGUGAAUGCAAAUCUGCUUGCCUUCAGAACUGUUCCUGUGUUACAAUGUUUUAUCAGAAUGCUACUAGAAGUUGCUUCAUGUUUGGCAAUAUAGGCAGUCUUCGACAUCCUGGUGUAGGGGAUGCCGGCUAUUAUCUGUCCCUUAAGGUGUCUAAUGAACGGUUAGGUGGGGGGGCUGGUCGUGGUAAAAGUCAAAAUUCCCAAAUUGUUAUAAUAGUUAUCGGAACAAUAUUGAUUGUCUCAGGUCUCCUCGGAUGUGGUAGGUACUAUCGCAAAAAGAGUAGGUCAUUUGUAUUAGAAUCCUCAAGAGAAGCUCUGGAGGAGGACAACUUCUUCAAUAAUAUCACAGGAGUGCCUGUUCGUUACAGCUAUAAUGAUCUAAAGGUUGCGACGAAAAACUUCAGUGUGAAGCUUGGUCAAGGAGGAUUCGGGUCUGUUUACUUGGGGUUGUUAGAUGAUGGGACUAAAUUAGCUGUUAAAAAGCUCGAAGGUGUUGGGCAGGGGAAAAGGGAAUUCAGGGCCGAGGUUAGCAUCAUUGGAAGUGUACAUCAUGUCCAUUUAGUGAAGCUUAAGGGCUUCUGUGCUGAGGGAAGUCAUCAUAGACUCCUUGUAUACGAGUACAUGGAAAACGGAUCAUUAGACCGGUGGAUCUUUAACAAGAAUAAUGAUCGAGGAAAAAACUUCUUAGAUUGGGAAAGUAGGUUCAACAUUGCUCUAGGGACAGCAAAAGGUUUGGCCUAUCUGCAUGAUAUGUGUGAUGUGAAGAUUAUACAUUGCGACAUUAAGCCAGAAAACGUUCUCCUUGAUGAAAAUUUUGUUGCAAAAGUUUCUGAUUUUGGUUUAGCAAAACUCAUGAACAAGGAGCAAAGUCAUAUAGUUACUACAUUAAGAGGUACAAGGGGUUACUUAGCGCCUGAAUGGAUUACAAACUGCAGCAUUUCAGAGAAAAGCGAUGUUUAUAGUUAUGGUAUGGUCUUGCUAGAGAUAAUUGGUGGAAGGAAGAAUUAUAAUCCAAAUCAUGAAGUCAAAGAAAAAGCACAUUUACCAUCAUACGCUUUCAAAAUGAUGGAACAAGGGAGUAUGAAUCUGAUUUUGGACCCGAGGCUGAAGGUAGAAGAUCAACAAGAUGGAAGGGUGAACACUGCAAUAAAAGUCGCUCUGUGGUGCAUACAGGAUGAUAAAACCCUUAGACCGUCUAUGACUCGAGUUGUGCAAAUGCUUGAAGGUCUUUGCCCUGUACCUCAGCCUCCGAUUCCUUCUCAAUCAGCCUCGUGGAUCUUUACAGGUUUGGUAAGGUGUUCAGGUGUUAAAAGUCAGAUCUUGUCAUGGCGCCGUGCUAGCUACAGUUCCACAGCUCGUACAUCUGUUUCUGCAGUCCAACUGUCAGGGCCAAGAUAA